AUGUUCUUUCAUGCAACACUUGCACGUUCGUUUAUUCAAUCGUUGAGUCUGCGAUGUGACGAUGACUUUGUGGAUCGUCUUAAUCACUAUUAUACACCGGUUAUGCUCGCUGUUGCAUGCUUCAUCAUCUCAGCCAAACAAUAUGGUGGCACACCGAUUGAAUGCUGGGUAAAUCCGCAUUCCCGUGAAAGUAUGGAGGAAUAUAUUGAAAGUUAUUGUUGGAUACAAAACACAUAUUGGGUACCAAUGUAUGAAAACAUUCCUGAUGAUCUGACAGCAAGAGAAAAACGACAGAUCGGAUACUAUCAAUGGGUUCCAUUCAUUUUAAUUGCUGAAGCGCUAAUGUUCUCGGUACCCUGCAUGAUGUGGCGACUUCUUAAUUGGCAAUCAGGAUUGAAUAUACAACAAAUCAUUACUACCGCAUGCGAUAUACAAGCAAUUGCGGACAUAGACACGAAACGGAACGCAGUUCAAACACUUAGUGCAUCAAUUGUUGAUUUCAUUGAUCUGCAGUCACCUUCAGAUGCAUUCCCUCAUCGAUCUAUGUUUUCUGCCUUCAAGUGUUACAGGUUCGUACACCACAAUUUGGUAGCAGGACAUUAUGCGACUGGUCUUUAUCUACUAACCAAACUUUUAUAUACUGCCAAUAUUGUAUUGCAAUUCAUGCUAUUAAAUGCAGCACUCAAAUCCGAUGAAUAUCUUCUGUUCGGCUUUCAGGUCUUAUCGGAUCUUCUGUGUGGGAAACCAUGGACUGAAUCAGGACAUUUUCCUAGAGUUACUCUUUGUGACUUUGAAGUACGUUAUCUUGCCAAUCUCAACAGAUAUACUGUGCAGUGUGCACUGCUCAUCAAUAUAAUCAACGAGAAGGUGUUCGCUUUUUUCUGGUGCUGGUAUCUCUUGUUGAUGAUUGUCACUAGUUGCUCCACCAUUUUUUGGAUAUUGAGUUUCAUAUUCAUUAGUGAAAAAAUCGAUUAUAUAUCACGAUUCAUGACGAUAGCUGAGACAGUGGAACGCAACAAAGAAGGCAAGCUUCGUGGUGCGUACUUGAGAGGACCGUUUGCAAUCAUUACAAUCGCUCCACAUCUCGUCGAUAAAUUCGUCAUCAAUUUCCUCAAAUCUGAUGGUAUAUUCACCUUGCGCCUCAUGGCGAAUCAUGCCGGAGAGCUGGUGGUAUUGGAUGUGGUGCGCUGCUUAUGGAAGGAAUUUCGAGAAAGAAAUUGGCGUGAGUUUGAAGAAGUGGAAAAAAUGAAUGGUUUAUCAGCGAAAACAUAUGAGAUCAAAGAAACGCUAGUUAAGUGCAUCCCACCUACCGAUUCAAAGUAA